CGGAAACCAUACAACCUACAAAAAUAUGUAUCAUACCAGAUUGAUUUGUUGUUAACAUCGGACAUGUUUCUUGAUUUGGUUUCAUUAUUUUGUUUGGUUGUAAUUCUACCAAAGUCAGCCGUAUGUCAGUGUGUAACCGACCAGGUAGUACAACAUGGGAGUUCGGUUACCCUAACAUUUAAACUUCUCAAUGCCCCAGCUAACUUAAUACAAGUCACCCACAAAGGAAAUGCUGACGAACGUCAGAUAUUGGUUGGCAAAAAAGGAAAUGUGAGUUUAUUAAACGGUGCGACACCAAAUAGUCUUGAAAUUUUAGUGAAUUCCAUUGAAGAACUUAGUUUUAAGUUCAAGAACGUGAGUAAAAACCAUCUCGGCAAAUAUUGCGUAGAUGAUAUAACCAAGAAAGGGACGUCGCCAUGUUGUAUUCAACUGUUUAUAACAGGUAAGUCUAAAUUAAUGACUGCUAAAGACCCCUGUGUGCAGGCGAAUUAUUGAAGUAAAAUUGAACCAUAUGUUAGUCCCGAAAUGACGUAGUUUGUGUCGAGUGGACGUUAAACCCAUCUCCCUCUCUCUCUCUCUCUCUCUCACUCUCUCACAGGGAUAUCGCAUGGCUGUUGAUGUGGAGAAUGUAUAUAGAUACAUACACAACAAAGACGACAUGCACGGAACCUCGGACCAUGCUGGAAAAACCGGAGAAUUUUAGCGACCAACACCAUGAUGAAACCCAGUCGAGUCUUAACGAUUUGCAUACUGCCGACGGUUUGUUAAUAAUAUAAGCAACCAACAAACUCCAUACAAUCUGAACGAUCGUAUCAGGCUGGUUGCUUGUUUUCUUAUUUCCUUGACAGAUAUGCCCAUAGUAAGUCUUCACCCACCACCAGGUCAUCCAGUAUUAAGAUUCGAGAGUAAGAGAAAGAACAAAAUGUCAAUAACCUGUGAAGCUGUAUCAACAACGAAACCUGAUAAUCACAAUUUAACUAUGGGAUAUACCUGGUUCAAAAAUGAUGUAUUUUAUGGUAAUGGUAAAAGACUAUACGACAAUGAAGUUGAUAUAACUUACAAAGCAGCUUUAAUAGUUUGUGUAGCUACUGAUGAUCCAGACUGUAAAACAGUUCUUAUAGAUUUAACUGCUGCCUCAACAAUAAAUGUCGUUACAGAAGAUAGAAGAUGUACAAAUGUUCUUGGUGUUUCUAAACCAUUCAAUGUACAACCAUUGUAUGGACCAUACAGUAUAAAAUUACAACCAGACCGGGGUCAUAUUAAACCAAUUGUUGGUAGUGAUUUAUCAGUUAACUGUACCAGUGAUUGUAAUCCACCAUGUGAUAUCAAAUGGUAUAAAGAUGGAGAUGUAUUGAGUAAUAAUAAACAUAUAAAUAUACCAGACCCACAAGAGGAUGAUGAUGGCCUAUAUAUGUGCAUAGUAGACAAUACAUAUGGCAAUAGAAAUAUGUCAUUUAACGUGAAGUUUGAGCGAAAAGAAGGACCCUCAAAUGAACCACCUAAUAAACAACCAAGUGAACCACUGAAUAAACUACCAAGUGAACCAUCCAAUGAUGAUAAUAUUAUAUGGUUUUUAUAUAUUGGCUUACCUGUGUUUAUUAUAACUAUGAUCAUUGUUAUAGUGACUACAUUAUUUGCCUAUAAUAAGAAACGCAAAGCUGCUAUAACUAUUCCAAUACCUUCGAACUCAGAUAUGAUAGUUGCAGAUUGGCCACAGCCUGAUGAAUCAAUGGGAUAUGUUUUUACCAACAGGAUAUAUCAGGGAGGAUCCAACAAUUAGUCCUCGUUAACCAUGUCACAGGCAAAGUUUACAUUUAGACUUAUGCAAUGUUAUCUUACAAGAAAUCAUAUUUAUGCAUAGUUAGUUAUUGAACAACCCAUAAAAAGGUUCUGCGCUUGGAAUCACACGAUUCGCUUGAUUCAAAAACAUAGGCUCUAGACGGUCUGACAUUGUGCCAAGUGGCUUGGUUUCGAUUCCCAGCUUAUCUGUGACAAGGAGUAGGAUAACCUGUUUAACAUCUUGGGUUUUGCAUAGGUGCUGGAGGAACUGAUUAAGUAUUGAAAUAUAAUUAAACCAGAUGUUUGUCUAGAAAUGAUCUAGCUUGUGUCGUAUGGAAGUUCAAUUUACUCUCACAAUUUUUGAAAUUCAAAAUGGCGCCCAUUAAAUCUCCAAAUACGAAGUGCAGGAGCCAACCAAAAUCACAAUGCUCAAAGAACCUUUAACAGUUUGAAUUCAAUUGGGGGCUGGCAAGAAACAACAUCUAGUCGCGCGGAUGGGAUGCAAAACCGAGGUAACGAGUUCAAGAACCCUUGACAAGUUGUAGCAAAAUUUCCCUUAUAGCACACUGCAUGGCAGGUAUGCCCGUUUUCAUUAUCCCGGGGAGCAGAAAAUUGGGGCGUUUAACUCCAUUUCAGUUCAAUUCUUGAGAAUGGUUCUAUAUCAUGAGUAUUAUUUUCGUAAGAUUUGUAUUUUUACAAAAUAUAUAAUAGUUAUUUUAGGAUUUGUAUUUUUGCAAGAUGUGUUAUAGUUAUAUUAACAAAAUGUAAACAUAUUUUAAGAUUUGUAUUUUUUCAAAAUGUAUAUUAGUUAUAUUAAGAAUUAC